AUGGAUAUGUACGCAAGAUGUGGCCAAAUCGACGAUACACGCAAAGUGUUCGACGAAAUGCGUGUUAGAGACCGGUUUUGUUGGAGUCAGAUGAUGUUUGCCUAUAAAAACGCGAAACGGCCAGAAUCAGCACUUGCGUUGUACCAGGAGAUGAAGCAGAACAAUGUCGAUGCAGAUUCUGUAAUAAUGGUGAAUGUCGCCUCAGCUGUUGCGCAGUUGAGGAGCGUAGUUUUGGCUCAAGGUAUCCAUGGAAGUGCCAUGAAACAUGGGUUUGUUUCUGAUUGGUAUCUUCAAGCUGCCAUGGUAGACAUGUACGCAAAAUGCGGCGAAACGGGUGAAGCUCGAAGAAUUUUCGAUGAAAUGAGGUUAAAGGACUCAGUUUGCUGGACAAGUAUGAUCACUGCGUAUGAACAAACCUCUCAGCCGAGAGAAUCUAUUGGGUUGUUCUUGAUGAUGCAACGAAAUAGGGUUUUUGCAGAUUCUGUGACGUUAAUCAGUGUUGUCUCUGCUAUUGCACAGGUGGGAGGUUCUUCCCGUGCAAAAUCUGUACACGCUUACGCCGUUUCAAGUGGUUUCGUCAAGGAUGCUUCUGUCGGGAACUCGUUGAUAGCUAUGUAUGCUAAAUGUGGACAGACUGAAGAAGCACGCCUCGUGUUUGAUCAGAUGGAUAGAAAAGACAUUAUCUCGUGGAACUCGAUGCUUUCGGGUUAUGUCCAAAACGGGUUAGCUUGUGAAGCUUUUACACUCUUCAAUGAGAUGUUGGCUUCUGAAUGCAAGCCGGGUUCAGUAACAGCUCUGGUUAUUGUGUCUGCCUGUACUUAUCUUCGUUCCAGCCAACUCGGGAGGAAAAUGCACGAUCUUAUAAUCAAGAACAAGAUCAAGAUCGACACGAAUGUUAGUAAUGCAUUGAUGGAGAUGUACGCCAAAUGUGGAGAUUUAGAGACAGCCAGAGACAUUUUCAGACAGAUUCAUCCGAGCCAACGUGACGUAAAAUCUUGGAACGCGAUGAUUUCAGGCCACGGGAUGCAUGGACACGGAGAAAAAGCACUCGAGUUCUACUCUAAGAUGAAGGAACAAGGCAUAAAACCCGACCGUAUAACCUUCCUGUCUGUGCUCUCCGCCUGUAGCCACGCAGGACUGUUCGUCCAAGGCAGAAAAUGCUUCGAAGAGAUGGAAGAACACUCAGUGACCCGCGAUUCCCGACACUACGCUUGUGUUGUCGACAUGCUCGGGAGAUUAGGGUUCUUACGAGAAGCACACGAUCUGGUGAAGGGCAUGGAAAUUGAACCGGAUGAUAGUGUUUGGGGAGCUUUGCUCUUAGCUUGCAGGAUCCAUGGCGAUAUAGGACUGGGAAACAUGGCGGCGAGGAAUCUAUGUCGGAAACAUUCUGGAUGUUAUGUUCUUAUGUCCAACAUAAACGCAACGUUUGGUAGAUGGGAAGAGGUCAUUCAGCUGAGAAGAGAGAUGGAGGUUAAGGGAAUGAAAAAACCUGCAGCUCUCAGUGCUCUUGAUCCUUAA